AUGGAGCAGUCCGACCUGCUCGACCUCGACAUUGACGAGCUCUCACCACUUCCGCCCGCACACGGCUUCUCUAAUGAUAGAUCUACAUCGCUCGAACGUAUUCCGAGCUUGAGGCUCAACGCAACCCCCCGCACAGCUCCGACUCAUCCAGCAGAUUCCACAGCAGUAGCAUCUCCGGCUCUGAGUGCUGCGACUUCACCCUUCCGCCUUGAAGCCUCGCCGCCUAGCUCUCCGCGGGGACAUGACGAUCCAAAGCAGCAUUUUCAGACACAUUCGCAACUACCAAGCUUACGCCGGCCCGACGCUUCUUUCGAACAGAAAGGAACAGCCUCGCAAGCUUCCCACCAACAUGAGGCCGAGCACGAUUCUCAAGGCUCUCGUCAGCCGCUGGAGCCACUCUCGAUACCUGCACAGACUCCUUCUGCACGCUACGUCACGGUUUCGGCCAUCCUGUCUCGCUCAGAGAUGUACUACGCUCCAGAGACCUCGGAGCAAUGGGACAUCCUCCGGUCCCCACAUGGUCUGCCUACCGAUGCUCAAAGCUCCUAUGACACGAACGCUCGUCCAUCCAGCUCGUAUGAGCCCUUCAGCAGCCUUAGGAGAAGGAAGAGUCAAAGGAAACGCCCGAGCAACGGAAGCGCCAUCGAAGCGCUAGGCGCCCUCUUGCUGCGCAAGGACAGCUCAGGGCGAGUUGCCAACCUCUCAUUCGCCAGGAGCGAGAUCGAUGACGCCAAAGCGGGCACGAGUCAAAAGGCGGACAUGCAGAAGGAGAAAAAAGGCCUCGGCUCGAAGCAUGGCGUACAGGCUUGGACCAGUGCGCUGGGCUCGAUCAGCAGAAACGGCCUGCGCCUCCAGUUGCCGCAACUCGAGCCAUCGCAGCCGUCUAACUCGAAGCAUGGUGCAACCAUCGCCGAGCGUCGAGCUCACAUGUGGAAAAAGGUACUCACCCGCCAAGGCGCCGUUGUGGAGGACACUCGCAACGGCUUCUCCAAAGUCCGCAGUAGACGAGGCGGACUCAGCUUCGAAGUUGGCAACGCCGGCCGAAAGCAGACCCAGUCUACCCUGCUCCAGCUCGACAAUUACCGGCCCGAAGGCACAGCGAAGCAGAGAGGCCAUGCCAAUGGGUCUCGACCUGAUCACGAAGACGCUUUCGGGAGCUAUGAGGAACCGGGAUUGCAUCUCGACACACUCGCAGGGCGCAGUGCCAACGGCAACGAAUGGAGCCGACUCCCCGAGACAAUCGUGCUCAAGGCUGGACGACGUCCCAGGAUCAAGCAGCAGUCAAAGUCGGAAUUCGGGAUCGGCUCGGCUUAUCACGAUCAAGCACUUCCCGAGGCUCCUCCCAGCCCCGUCGCGAUGCCUGGCGCCUGGCAUGGCGGCUCUUCGUGGCGAUCCAAGCCGGGCGAUGGCUACGACGAGGGUGCCUUGCUUCUGCCUCCGCCCUUGCUUGACGACAAUGGCAGCGAUGCAUCCAGCUUUGAAGGAUUGUUGGGCGUACGACGCAUGCGCGAACGCGAAAAGGCCAGAAAGCAGGCCGAGAAAUUGGCCGCCCGCAAUCGCCCUGCUCAUAAAGUCGGUCCUCUCACCGCACUGACCAACUUUGUCAAGGCUGCACACGCUGCCGAGACUUUUGCCAAACGAAGCCAGAUUGGCGGACGAUCUGGGCGCGCGCCUUCCCUUCUUCGCAGCUUCACGGAGCCCCCAAAGACCUCGCGCGCGAGAUCUAGUUCGACGGAAAGCUUGUCUCGCAUCCACGUCGCAGCCUCUCCCGUGAUUGCAUCGAGCGACGCUCCCAGAGAUGUCACGGCUGACACUGCGGAUACGACCCUGCCCGCUCUUCGCUCCAGUCUGGCUUCGGCUGCAGUGACCCCCGUCACCACGGAUGCGGACGCGCGCACCAGCCCAGCUGUCGCGUCAGCAAGCCCGUUCAUGUCACCUUCGCUUCGAAGAGCAGUCUUGUCGCGACGUGGAUCGCGUAACAAUUCGAUCGAUGCUUCCGGUCGAAUGCUCAACACCGUAUUUGAAUUUGAGCCCCUCGACCCCAGCCAGAUUCCGGACGAUGAACUGGCUUCGCCGGACCUGCCACCCAUCUCGAGUCCUCUGCUGCGACCAUCUUCCACAGGCUCGGGCAAGACCAGCGCGUUCCGUGACUUUCCGGCCGCGCCGAGGUUGCUACCAGUGCAGCUAUCGGUACCGCCUUCCCCGUUCACGCCGUUGGCAGUCGACCUGCGUGAGUCUCGCAACUCGGUGGGCACUACGUCAGCCAACGGAGAUUAUCUGUCCGCCCGCAACGUACACUCUUCGCCACGGACGCCGCAACUGGUCCCGACGAUGCUCAGCCUGCCGCCCUCGCCAUGGACGCCGUACCAGAACCCUGCAGCGGCUCAUGCACAGCCCAUGAUUCACCUACACUUGAACACCAGCACCUCAUCCCUCCGCCUGGCGCCCGGAACACCACGACUGGUGCCCACACACAUCGAGAUCCUGCCAUCGCCUUUCCCGACCUCAUUGUCAUCGCGUCGCGGCUCACUCUCAUACGACAGUCCGCACAGCCUGCGUGCCGGGGCCCUGACACGAUCGCCUUUGACAGCACCCGCCACUGAUUUUGCCUCCUUUGCCGCAUUACGCGGAUCACAGGCGGUGGAUUUGGAAUCGAGGCAGGCGGCUGAGCUGAAGGUGGCGGCAGCAGAGGAUGACAAAGGAGAGGACAACACGCAAGACGCCCUAAAGAGAGACCCGCUGCGCCUCACGCCUUCCUCUAUGCUACUUGCGACCCAAUCAAUCUUUAUCUCUGACGCAUCGGACAUAUCUGUCCGUGAGCAGAAUGGACCCUCUCACCCUCAUGCUGCAACGCGAACGACCUUCGACGACGAUCAGCUGUCUCGUAGAGCAAGAAGAAAGUCGUUCGAAUCGAUACGUCGCAGACCCUCGGCAGAUCAGGGCGCAAUCCACGUCGAUUCCGCAGGACGUCCGCGUUCUUUCGUUCUCUGGUUCUUGAUCGGCGAUUUGGGGCUUCGGGGCUCCGCAAGCUCGCUCGCAGAUAGCGGUAAACAACUUGACCCGGAUCACGGAGGUGUUGCAGCCCUUUUCGUUCACACCUUCUUUUUCCUCGUCUUUGUGGCUGCGCACGUCGUGGACUUGGCCUACUCGAUGUACGACACUGCCUCGCUACUUUUGUGGUUCCUGCGCUGGAUGCUCUUCAACCUGACAGGUCGGACGGUGCUGGCUCAAUGUAUCGUCGAGGCGUACAGCUUCAUUCAGGCCGAAUGGGCCACCGUGGCAAUCGAGGAUCACGAGGAGAAGGGCUCCAAAAAGGUCUUUCAUCAACGAGGUCACAGAAAGCCCAAGGGUCUAUCACGAUGGCAGGUGCUGCGUGGUCUCGUCGAGCUGUACUGCCUGCACAGCGUCACUCGAGAACGCUAUCUCGAAGAGGGUGCAGGCUUGAAAGAACUAGAAGGCUGGAGGAAAGCGUCAAAGCAGGAAAACAAAGGUCAGAGUCAGAAGCGCAAGACGCGCGGUUCUGAUCGAAUGGAUAUCGGUGCCCACCGUGCAGCAUCAAGAGCCGCGCUGGGAGCAGACAAGGAGAUCCUCGAGCGACGGCACCUGUCGGAUGUCAAACAGGAGAUCAGAAACGCGAACCUGGCCACGCAAGAAAGCAACUCUGACAUCAGACCACAGCUACGACUCGAGCAGCUCAACGACAGCGAGGAUGACAACGGCGACAACGACAACGACAACGACAAUGGCGGCGACGACGGUGCCGAGGAUGAUGACAGCAGCGACGACGAGAUGAUCGUCACCAAUCGCGGUGACGACAUCCUCGAAUUCGCCAAGACGCCGCGGAUCGAUGCAGCACGGCCGGGACAAGCAAGUACGGGCUACUUUGGGCGAGCGUACGAUUUCGUAACCUCGCCUCAGGUGGGUGCUUCAGAGUCCGGACCGGCAGGUCCUGGUUUGACGACGUUCAAGGAGACGAACCGAGAUCUGGUGCGGACCAUCAAGUGGUGCGGUCGGCUUGCAAUCUCAGCAUACGGGCUUCACGUGCAUAUCGUGGAUCUCCCACCAACCUUUACUCCUUCGGGCGAUCGUUUCUCGCGCCAGACGUUUGCUUACCUGUCUCGUCUCAACGCCGAAGAUGUCCUGCACGCCGACAUCCAAACCCUCGACGCGGACGCCGAUUACAGCCCGACAUUCUAUAUUGUCCGGGAUUACGUGCGGAAGGUGGUCUGCGUCGCGGUCCGUGGCACCCAAUCGUUCUCGGAUAUCAUCGUUGACCUGGAGCUGCAGACGGAAGAGAUUGAGCUGCCGCAGGUGCAGCCUACCCCUGGCGAAGAAUUCCGCUGUCAUGCAGGCAUCUGGCGUGCCGCUAAGGCGCUUGUUUCACCGCAGAGCAAGCUCUUCGCUACGCUGCGACAAGCGCUUGAAGAAAACGAAGGCUUCGGCAUCAUGUUUUGUGGACACUCGCUGGGUGGUGCGAUCGCGAGCGCCGCUGCUCUGUUGUUGGCCGAGUACUUUAUUCCGGACGGUGCCGAACCGGAUGCUGGAACUUGGGUCACCAACAUGUCGUCUGGCUUGCCCGCGCGACGACUCAUCCGCGCGGUAAGUUUUGCGAGCCCUGUGACCAUGACGGCCGAUCUGGCUUCAAGAGCGGCGCUUGGAUCUGUGCCGCUUGUGACGACGGUGGUGCUCGGCAGCGACGUCAUCCCGCGCGUUGGUCACGGUCAAGUGCGAGAGCUGCGUCGUGUGUUGGGUGCGCUUUCGAGGGUGAGACGUCGUCACGCCAUGGCGUCGACAGAGGGUCGGGAAGACGCACGCGUGCACAUUCUACGGAGCUUUUGGGAUUGGCGCUCCAUCAAGCUGGCGGAGGAUGCCGACGACGUGAUGUUGCAUCGAAAGGAGCGCAUCGAGCAUCAGCUUUGGUCUCUGCGUCGCGAAGUCGAGAGUGACUUGUACGCUGCCAUCAAAGCUCGCCUGGACGCGGAGUCGUCGUCGGCUGCACGCAUCCCACCGUCGCCCUGGGUGGGCCCGCAGCAGCGUGAUCAGGCGCCUCUGCACGCACUGUCCGCCCGAAGACAAGGACUGGACGCUGCGACGUUGCGCUCGGAAGCCGCGCAGGGAGGGCCGCUGAUACCGCCGGGACGGUGCAUCUGGAUCAACGACAGGCGCAUCUAUCACGUGGAGAGUCCUCUAGCCUUCUUCAGUUUGCCAGAGCUGCGGAGCGACAUGUUUGCCGCCCACUUCCCCGCUGCUUAUGAAGAAGCGAUCCUCGAGCUGCGUACAUGA